GCAUUGCUAUCUUGCUCCUUCCGUGGAGUGCUCUUCCCUCCUCUUCUCCUUAUAAGCGGCAAUCUUGAGCUUCGCUUGGAGUCUUAGACCAAGACACAGGUUGGCUGCUUGGGCAUAUCAUCUCAUACACACACAAAAAGAUGGCAUUCCUUGUGGAGAAGUGCAGUGGUGAGAUGGUGGAGGCCAUGGACAUGGAGAGCUCGCAUGCAAAGCCGGUGCCGGCCCCCUUCCUGACCAAGACCUACCAGCUCGUGGACGACCCCCGUACCGACAAAAUUGUGUCGUGGGGUGAGGAAGGCUCCACCUUCGUCAUCUGGUGGCCGCCGGAGUUCGCCAGGGACCUCCUCCCCAACUACUUCAAGCACAACAACUUCUCCAGCUUUAUCAGGCAGCUCAACACCUAUGGCUUCAGGAAGAUAGUGGCUGACAGGUGGGAGUUUGCCAACGAGUUCUUCAAGAAGGGCGCCAAGCACCUCCUCUCGGAGAUCCACCGGAAGAAGUCUUCGUGCUCGCAGCCACCGCCACCGCCACCGCCACCGCCGCAGGCGCUCCCUCUUUACCAGCCUUACCUCAGCCUCUUCUCGCCGCCACCUCCGCCGGUCUACCACGUCCAGGAAGACAACGGCGGGAAGGACUUCCUGGCGACUCUGUCGGAGGACAACCGGCAGCUCCGGCGGCGCAACUCGCUCCUGCUGUCGGAGCUGGCGCACUUGAGGAGGCUCUACAACGACAUCAUCUACUUCCUGCAGAACCACGUGGAACCGAUGCCGCCGCCGGCCGCCAGUUGCAAGCUGGUGGAGCUCGUCUCCGCUGGCACCACGCCUCUGCCACUGCCGCCGCAGGGGCUGCGCGGCAACGACGAGGAGCCGGUGAAGCUUUUCGGCGUGCGGCUGAACGACGGCAAUAAGAGGAGGGCGCAGGCCGUGCAGCUGGAAGAAGGCGAUGGCGACCACGGUGAUGGCCAUGGUGAUGACAAGGGAAGUGAGGUGUUGGUGACUGUAGCACGUAGAUUAAUCUUGUAG